AUGGUUACUGCACAAAGCCGCCAGAAAAGUUAUGCCAACGCAAAGCGAAAAAAUGUGGAAUUUGCAGUGGGUGAUAAAGUGUUCCUUCGAGUGUCACCUAUGAAAGGGGUUAUGCCUUUUGGAAAGCGAGGAAAGCUUAGUCCAAGAUUUAUAGGUCCUUUUGAGAUAUUGGACAGAGUGGGACAGGUAGCUUAUCGACUGGCACUGCCACCAGUAUUAGCUGAGACGCAUAAUGUGUUCUAUGUUUCUAUGCUACGGAAAUACAUGUUGGAUCCAUCUCACGUGCUGAACUAUGAAAGAAUGGAGUUAAAGCAGGACUUGAGUUAUGAAGUGCGACCAGUUCGCAUUAUAGAGAGAGAAACGAAGGAGUUAAGGUCCAAAAGUAUUCCUCUAGUAAAAGUUUUGUGGGGCAACCUUUCAGAAAGGGAGGCAACAUGA